UCCAUUUUUUCAGCUCUAACCUAUAAAAUCAUUUCACUCUUUUUAUUUGUUGGUAAGUCCUUUCAGAAAUUAAAGAUAGCCAAUUUGACCAAUUUGGCCAGCUGAAGUUAUUUAACGCGCAAUCCUGUUCCUGGGUUAAACGCGAUAGCGGCACCUAACCAAGCUUGGAAGUUAUUCCAAACUGAACUGAAGCAAGCUACUGAAGCUCAUUGAUACAAAACCAGGUGCAAAACUUAUCACUGGCAUGGCGUGUCUUGGAAGGGGGAGAAAAUAAUGUCGGAACAUUCAAGGCUUCUUGUCGUUCUUAACAUUGAAUGAGUUGCGAGAGAAAGAGUUAAAACAAUAGAAGUGGUAACCGACCCACAAACAAUAAUCUCGUCUGGAAUGGUGAACGCAUUGUCAUCUAUUGCUACACGGAUGUUCACUUGUAUAUUUGAUGUAACAAAAUUUCCAUUCGACGAGCACCUCUGCAUAAUCAGACUUGAAGGGUGGCAAUUUGAAAGUUUUGGAUAUCAGCUAAAAAUUGAUUCGGUCAAAAAUGAAGUUCCGCUCAACUGGCAGUUUCUGGAUUUGUUCUAUUAUACGGAACACGAGCAGUGGGAAUUAAUCGCCGAGGAGUCGGUGAUAAAAGAGAAGAUGGAUGAAGACAAACACAUUUAUAUUUCAAUUGAAGUGAAAAUUCGAAGGAGAUACUUUUUCUACAGCGUCUUCCUGAUUUACCCGAACAUACUGUUAUAUAUCAUGACUGCUUUUGCUUUCAUUCUGCCUGCGGAGUCUGGAGAAAAAGUGAGUUUUGCGACCACACUGCUCCUCGCUCAGAUUGUGAACACGGGCACAAUGCUGACAGUCUUUCCACGGAGCUCUCUCCGCCUGCCUGUGUUGGUGUAUUUCAGUGCUAUCUCGACUCUGCAGUUGAGCUUCAUAUGUUUUUGCGCCAUCAUAGUGGUCAAAGUGCACUUCAGCCAAGGAACUGUCGGAUCUAACAGAUUUGCAAAAAAUGUCAUUUCGAGUAGAUUCAUCCCAAUUCUGGGUUUCAAAAUGUACAAGAAGGCCACAAUUACAUAUCAAGUAUCACCACCUAAUCUCAGCCAAGAGUCUACCGGAACUCAAAGUACGGAACAAGAAAACAAACAAGAAACAGAAUCCCACCCAGAAAUCAAAUCAAGUGAGGAGUUCCAGGCAACUUUUGACGAAACCCAGUUCAUUCGGAUAAGAUUUGCGUUAGUGCUGGAUCGAUUUUUUAUGAUUCUACACUUGGUUUCUAUGACUGCAGUUACCCUGUGGUUUUUGAUAGAUAUAUCCUAUUAACCAAAAGUUUUGAUCAAGAAUUAGUUGCGUUGAUUGUUUAUAAAUGCACGAUUCGCAAUUGUUUAUUAUAA